ACAAUUUUCUCAAUUUCAAACUCUAGCGGCAAAGCAACCCUGUUUUGGUGCAAAUUACUGGCAGAAAACAUUUAAAACGAACAAAAAUUAAAAUGGAAAACGAGAUGCAGGGAUUGUUUAGUGACCCGUCGCUGGAGCGCCACUUUACGGGCCACUCGGGCGGCAUCACGCAGCUGCGCUUCAGUCCCGACGGCGCCCAGAUCGCCACUUCUUCGACGGACGCCUCCGUGAUCCUGUGGAACCUCAGCCAGGCCGCCCGCUGCAUCCGCUUUGCCUCGCACUCGGCGGCGGUGAACGGGGUGGCAUGGUCGCCCAAGGGCAACCUGGUGGCCUCCGCCGGACACGAUCGCACGGUGAAGAUCUGGGAGCCCAAGUUGCGCGGCGUUUCCGGGGAGUUUGUGGCCCACAGCAAGGCGGUGCGCAGCGUGGACUUCGAUUCCACUGGACACCUGAUGCUCACCGCCUCGGAUGACAAGUCGGUCAAGAUGUGGCGCGUGGUCAGGAGGCAGUUUGUUACCUCCUUUGCCCAGCAGAACAACUGGGUGCGCAGCGCCAAGUUCAGUCCCAAUGGCAAACUGGUGGCCACCGCCAGCGAUGACAAAUCGGUGCGCAUUUACGAUGUGGACAGUGGCGAGUGCGUUCGCACCUUCGCCGAGGAACGAGCGGCUCCACGGCAACUGGCCUGGCAUCCUUGGGGCAACAUGUUGGCCGUGGCCCUCGGCUGCAACCGGAUCAAGAUAUUCGACGUGGCCGGGAGCCAGCUGUUGCAGCUAUACGUGGUGCACUCGGCGCCGGUCAACGAUGUGGCCUUCCACCCCAGCGGACACUUUCUGCUCUCCGGCAGCGAUGACCGCACCAUCCGCAUCCUGGACCUACUGGAGGGCAGACCCAUCUAUACAUUAACCGGCCAUACGGACGCGGUGAACGCGGUGGCCUUCAGUCGGGAUGGAGAUAAGUUUGCCACCGGCGGUAGUGAUCGGCAGCUUCUGGUCUGGCAAUCGAAUCUGCACACCUACGACGCCUCCCAGUUCGAGGCCAAAUCGGCCCUGGCCUCUUCCGGUUGCGACACCAGUGCCGUCUCCUCGAAACAGAGCCUAGCCAGUGGCACCUCCAAGUCCAAUGACCUGAGUAUUCGCAUAGAUCCGCGCCAAUCGCAGGCCUACCAGCUGUCAGAGGAGAACUUCCAGGUGCUCGACAGUAAACACUCGAAUCAGCCGCAGAACGCUCAGGAAAACAUCCUGGGCCGUGGCAUGGACUUCAAGCCGCAAAGCCCGCGCUUCUUCUAACUCAAAUGAUCAGUAGCCCUUGACGCACAUAACUAGCCGAACUUUCCGCAGGUGCUGGACGUGUCCUUCGAAUCUGGCUCGGAGUCGUGUUCCUGCUCCGCGCAGCUGGAGGAGAUCACAAAGCUGUUGGCCUUGAUCGAUGAGCGUGUGCGGCGUUUAGAGGGGAUAUACUCUUUGUAGCUAUAUAAGCGCCUUAGUAUAGUUUAACCUAAUAUAAUUAAUACAACUAAUAUAAUUCGUUGUGCAUUACGAUGACCAUAAUUUAAAA